AUUUUAAUGAUUCAAUCUCUUGUCUAAAUGAUACAACCAAAAGAGAAUCAAUUUAGGUAGGAAAAAAUAAUCUAUGAUAAUGGAAAAAGAGUAAUAUUAAUUUUUAGAAGUAGAUGUUAGAAAAAUCAUUAAGUGAAAAAGGAGGGAUGGAAUACUAUUUAAUAUCUAAAAAAUUCAUAAAAGAAUGGAAAUAUUAUGUAGAUUAUGAUAAUGAAAUGGAAGAGAUAUAAAAGAAAAAUAGAUAAUAGGUUUGGAAUUUAAAUAUUAAUAGCCUAAUACAAUGAAUUCUGAUUUAAUAAAAGAGGAGAAGAUAAUUAAAUACAUUCCUGAAUAUCAUAAUUAUAAUUCAAGUAUACGUUAUUUAGAAAAUGAAUGGGAUUACGAAUAUGUAAUUUUUUUAAUAGAAAAUAUAGGUUAUAAGAGAAGUUUAUGAGAUUUUUUUAAAAAAUUAUUAAUCAAUUGAGCCUUAAAUAAGAGUAGGUUUUUAUAAUGACAAUCUUAAAAAAAAAUAGAUAUUCCCUAACUUAGCAAGAGUAUAAUUAUAUUUAUUUUUAAGUUUACUUUAAUUUAUAUGUCUCCUAUAAAUUAGGAGUUAAAUAAAAUAAAGGCUUAAGUAGAUAAUAAUUCUGAGAUUAAAGCUUGGACGAAUUUGCUUAGAGAUACAUUUAAAGAAAUGUUCAAAUAAAAAUAAAUAAAUAAUGUCCGAAUUUGGAGUCCUAGACAUAAAACUUUUAAAGCAGAUUAAUUAAUUUAAGAAAAAAAAAAAAUAAAAGGGAUAGAUGGUGAGAUUAUAAAUGAUAAUAUGAUGGUAUUUGAAAUGUAUAGUCAAAGAGAUUAGUGUAUAUUUGUUGAUUUAGAGUUAAAUGAAUGGUAAUUUAAAAAAUUUGAAAAAGGAUUGUAGUAUGACUGUCAACUUUUGUUUGAAAAAGCAUUAUAUGGAUGUGGUUAGAUAUUUUGUGAAUUUCCACAAUGCAGAUUAAAUAAUGGGUAUUUAGAUUUGGGAUUAGGAUAAGAAGACAUUAGAGGAAUAUGUUAAGUUUUGAUAGAAAAUGAAGAAGUUAAAUGGGAGUUAAUGUGUUCAAAAUAGAUAAACAUAACUGAAAAUUUGUAACCAUAUUAAUAAAGGAUAAGAAAAAAUGAAAUAGUUCAAUAUUUAUUGAAGAUUUCAAAUUUUAUAGAAUUAUUUGGAAUGUCAUUUAUAGAAAAUUAUAAUAAGAAUCAAGGCAUUUAAAAGAUUGAUCCAGAAAACCCAGAAGUAAAUAGUAAAUUAGUUUACGAAACUGCAAUUUAAUUUGAUUAGUAGAAAGAAUACUUUAUUUAAGUAAUAAAGAAUCUAUUUUAAAAGAAAGUAGAAGAGAUUGAACAAUUAAAAAAUUUAUAUGAACUUAGAGCACUUUAUUUAAUUCUUUAAUUUAAGAAUUGUUUGAAUGUAAUUUUGGAGGAAAAAACUUAAAUAGUAUUGACAAUAGUAAGAAGAUUAAGUUAAUAGUAAUUAACAUAAUUAUCAAAAUGGUUAAGAAAACUUGAUAAAUUUGAAAUAAAAUAGUUGUAAUUAAUAAUAAAAAAUUAAAUUGAGAAAUAAAUAAAAAUAUAAACGAAUGCUCCAAUUAGACCAUUUUUGGAAAUUGAGGAUAUUGAAAAGAUGAAAGGAUUAUUUGAGCUUUACAGUGUGAUUUAUAAAUCUAAUAUAGGAAAUCAUAGAAUAUAAUCAAGUGAUUUUAUCAUAAAUUCUAUACAAUUUUUUUAUAAGUAGGAUGGAGAUAGAGAAGAAUUUUCUUAAUUCUAAAUGUUCAAUUAAAAAAUAUGGAGAAAUUAUUCAUUUACAUUUUGUUAAUAUCCUUGGGCAAUGCCAAUAUAAUUUAAAAAUAAACUGUUAUAUAUAGAAUGCAAAAUAAAAUAGUAUGAUUAGAGAAGAAGAACACUUGGAAUAUUACCUUAAUAUAUAUCUUUAACAAUUGAAAGAGACAAUAUAAUAGAAUCUGCAAUAAAUUAGUUAUAAUAAAUAUAAGUGUCAUUAAAGACACCUUUAAAGGUUUAAUUUGUUAAUGAAUAAGGAGUAGAUGAAGGAGGACUUAAAAGAGAGUUUUUUAGAUUAAUUAUGGAGAAAUUAGUAACACCUGAUUAUGGUAUGUUCAUUUCUAAAAAUAAUGAUACUGUAUUUUGGUUUAAUCCUCAAUCUUUUGAAAUACCUAUCUAUUAUUAAUUGAUUGGCAAACUAUUAGGGUUAUCACUUUAUAAUUCUGUUUUAUUAGAUGUUCGAUUUCCAACAGUCUUAUUUAAGAAAUUGAGAGGAGAGUAAGUAAAUGAGGAUGAUAUGAAAGAAUUGGAUAUGGAAACAUAUACUGGAUUCUAAUUUCUAAGAGAAUAGACGGAUCCAAAAGUUAUUGAAAGUCUAUCCCUUACAUUUAAUGCAACAUAUAAAGUAUGGGGAUAAAGUUACUAUGAAGAUUUAAAAGUAUUAUUAUAAUAUUUAAUUAUAUAUAGCCUAAUGGAAACUAAUUAGGUGUUACAAUUGAAAAUAGAGAGGAAUAUAUUCAUUUGUAUACAGAUUGGUAUUUAAAUAAAUUAGUUUAAAAAUAAUUUGAAUUAUUGAGAGAUGGAUUUAAAUCUGUUGUUGACGGUGAUGGGAUAAAAGUAAAGUUUUUAAACUCUAUUGGUAUAGUUAUUUUCAGGUGAAGAAUUAUAAUCGUUAAUUAUUGGACUUCCAACUUUUGAUAUGAAAGAUUUAGAGUCAUCGACUAAAUAUAAUGGAUAUGAAAAUAAUUCAGAAUAUAUUAAGUAUAUUUCAAAAUCAAAUAAAUAGACUUUUUUGGGAUAUAAUACUUUCCUUGAAUAUAGAAAUGCAAAAAAAAUUUCUAUUCUUCUGCACAGGAUCAGAUAGAAUCCCUGUUGGAGGACUCAAAUCUAUGAAAUUUGUUAUCUAAAAACAUGGACAAUGUAUAUUAUUUUAAUUAAUUACAUUUAGAUACUGAAUAAUUACCAUCUGCUCAUACUUGUUUUAAUAUUCUGUUGUUACCAUAAUACAAAAAUAAAGAAAUUUUAAAAGAAAAGUUAAAAAUCUCUCUAGAUAAUGCAGAAGGAUUUGGAUUAAUAUGA